UCCACUAAUUUGUUGCUCGUGAACCAAAGAGUGUGAAAAAUCUUCUCGAGUCUACAUUCUGCUGAUGUCAUUCUGAAAGCGUAUUUGCGCUGAUUUGCGCGUACUUCACUGUUGAGUUGCAUCAAUUUGUGCAAGUUGAAAAUCAUCAAACUGGACUCGAGGAACAGCAUUACGUCACUAAAAAUUGAAAUAAAGGUGUCAUCAUAUUGCAUAUUCAAGAGCCAUAUAACCUACUUUAAAUUACAUGAAAAUUGUUUGUAUUAUAUAAACAAUUGUUAACGCCUAAGUGAUGAGAAAUAGGUGUUAAACUGUCAAAAUCUUUGUACACUCUGGCCACCCUUAAGAUUUUCUGAAAAAAUGGAACAGACACAAUAUCAAAGUGAUUACCAGUACUUUAACUGCGGCUUUCAAGCUGGAAGUCACAUAGUUCAAUCACAUUAUAUAAAGGAUCACGAAGAUGAUCCUUUAGCUUCUCCUGAAAUAACUGUUAGCUUUAAUCACGAGUGGAUGCUGCUUCCUUUGGAACCGCUUGAAGAACCUGAAGAGGAAAUUUUCAGUGACAGUGAAUUAGAAGUUCUAUCAUAUAUAGAUGAUUGUAGUCUCAAAGAGCAAGUUGUGCCAUGUAGUCCAUUAAAUGACAGUCACUUCUAUUCCGAAGAAGACCUAACAAUUUCUGGUGGCGAGGAUGAUGAAGAAUACAAUGAGAAUAAUGAGUUAGUCGAAUUAUCAUUGGGUCAAGAAAACUUGAAUGGCUUUGACUCUCAUCCACCGUGAAAACGAUUGAUUUUCAUGCAGAUGAUUGCAAACUGUCUAAAAGAUCACUAUGAGAAGUAACACCGCGAUUGAGGGUGUUAAGUAGAGACGUUGGCGACGUACGGUGUGCAAAAUGAAAUAGUUCAAGAAGAAAAUAGAGAGACACGUUUUAUAGUUUUCUCUCUGUUUUGUAACCUAAGUGGCUAAACCACAAGUAGAGUGGCGAAAACGAUAUAGUCCUGGUCUGUGGCCAGAAAGCAUCACUAUUUAUUAUCCUGGCCAAUAUUAUGCAUACGACUAAUGAAUGUAGGUAGCAGAAACUUAAAUCUAUAAUUUUCUUAUUACUUGCACGUGUAAAUAAGGUAUUCGAAAAUAUUACCUCCUCAAAUGAAAUUUCAAGAUGUAAUAUUAAGAUAAAAUUUAAUUUUGUAAACGAUCUUUGGGUUGUAUGGACUUUAAUAACAAAGGAUAUGGAUAUAUAAAGCAAUAUAGGAUAAAUUGUGAAUCAAACUAACAGUUGACGGUGCACGUUUACGGUCAUUCAUACCAAUAUUAUCCAUCACGAAAAGUUAUGAAUUCAGGUGUGACUAAGCUUCAGCAACAAUGAAGCUCAUUAACUAAUGAUGAUAACAUUUCUGACUUGGUCGAAUUCGAAUAUUAUUGUCAUUGAUCAAUGAUCUUAAUUAUUGAUCAAUCACACUCACCAUCGUUAAAAUUAACCGUUGCCGAAAUUUGUAACUUCCCCCGAAUCAUCCUACACAUUAUUCCAACAUUUUAGGAUUUUUAAGCUAAAUCUAAAAAUACAAAAAUUGCACAAAAAUGUGAACGAAUUGUGAAAUAAUAAGACGCCGAAAUUUACCUCAUUAUUGCAAUAGUACAAUUAAGUUGAGAUUAAAAAUAUUGCCAGUAUCUUGUAUCAGAUUCAUAAAAGUCAGUGUAUAACACAUUGACUGUUUGAAUUGUUCAAAUAUUUUUAUAAGUUAAAUCACUAUAAUUCAUUAAAACUCAUCUUCACUGUUUUGAUUGUUUUCAUUUUGACAACCAACUCCUAGAAUUAUUAUUUAAAUAAAGGAUGUAAUUGCCAUUA